GAGCUGAGCGUUAACACAACAGUACAGCCUCGCCUGGGAGGAGCACGACGCUGCACGCUUCCUUCAGUUCACUAGGGCAGUGGCCGGAUAUCCUUCUAAUAUACGUUGCUAUUUGAAGUGAAGACCUCGUUUUAUAACCUACGUGUAUAACCAACAUGGCUCUUGCUCAGAAGAGGACUCAUGUCCGGCUGCCCCCAGAGGUCAAUCGCAUCUUGUAUGUGCGUAACUUGCCCUACAAAAUCACUGGAGAGGAAAUGUACGACAUCUUCGGGAAAUAUGGAGCCAUUAGACAAAUCAGAGUAGGAAACACUCCUGAGACCCGUGGUACAGCAUUUGUUGUCUUUGAAGAUAUCUUUGAUGCUAAAAAUGCUUGUGAUCAUCUUUCUGGCUUCAAUGUUUGUGGCAGAUAUUUAGUGGUCCUUUAUUACCAGUCCAACAAAGCCUUCAAGAAAAUGGAUGCAGAAAAGAAACAAGCAGAGUUGGACCGUGUUAAGACCAAGUAUGGUAUAAAUACAGAUGACCUAAAAAAAUAAUGCAGCUUAGGAGCUUUCACAAUUUUUGUACCUGUACAUACAAGUGAUUUAUAAUCCUUGUACCAAAUUAGACUAUCUUCAUCGGAUGGAAUACGAACUGUAAUGCCAUAGGGAAGAAAAACUUUCAGUCACAAGUUGGAAGGAAUUGAUUGAUAAUGAUGAUAAAAAUACAUGCAUUCUUUCAGAUCACCAUUUAAUUUUUUAAGAUACUUUAUUCAAAUUAAUUAUGGCCCAAUAAUCCAAAACGUAAGGUUGGUAUAAUCUAAAGUACUGUAUUUGUGUUGGUUGAAUCUUGGAAUUACUGGACAGAAAUUCAUAAAGUUGCAGGUGUAAUUAAUCUAGAUUUCAAGAAAGACAUUAAGUGUGAAGGAGGCCUGGUCAGGGACAUUGAGCCCCGGAACUAUCGCAAGAUUGUUUAAUGUAGUUUUCUGGUAAUAUGAAUAUAAAUUUAAGUGAGUUUUCCCUGCUUCCACUUACCAUGUAAUGCUUGCCGGGUUUAAAGCAUAAUCACACACACACAUUAAAGCCAUCCAAAUUAGAUAAAUAUACAGUAUACCAUUUGUUUUUAAAUAUUUUUGUUACAAGAUUUCAGUAAUUUAUUGUACUGAUAAUUUAAAAGACUUUUCUUUUUCCAUCUAAAGGCAAAGAGAAAAUUUGAACUAAAAACAGAAAUAUCUGUGAAAAGUAAAAACCUAAGGAAGCAGAAAAAAUUGGAAUGCAGUUUUUAUAUUUUGGUGAGGAAAGCUAGUGUUGUCAUGAGGAGGUUGGCCUGACACCACACACUGUUGGCCAACUACAGUAUUGAUGUGCAACACAAUUUGUGUGUAUACUUGCAGUACUGUAUUUAUAAUCGAGUUGUUAAUAUUGGCAAGCUUUGAACAAAUCCACAAGGGUCAUGAUGAGGGUUCGAACCUACGUCUGAGAGGAUCCCAGACACGUCUUAUUUGACUAGGUCACAAACCCUCAUCACGGCCUUUGUGGAUUUGUUCAUUUGAUAUAUCAAGCUAUUGUGAUUUCUGUGUGUAGUUCAUUGGCAAGUUUUAAUUAUCAAAUCCAUUAUAUAUCUAGUAAUAGUUAUCGUAUGAUACUGUACCUUGGUAAGUCAUGUGAUGCUUAUGGUUUGAAGCAUUUUUUGUGUCUGAAGCAUCAUUUUUUAUAUACAGAAUAUAUUUUCUGUAGAAAUAAUCAGAAUUGUAUGUAUUUUAUAAGUAGUACAUUAGGAUCCAGUUUUAUAUAGAAACAUUCUUGGAGACCUUGUGUAUUGCUUAACCUUGUAGAAUAAUGUCGUAGAAAAAAUAUUUGUCAAGAAAAUUGAAUUGUUAUAAAAUAAAAUGCUGGAUGUAUUUAACAUUAAUACUCUUUGUACGGUAAAAUAGUUUUAUUGACAUGAUAAAACACAAUAAACAAGGAUAUCUUUA